AUGCUCUCAUAACAUUCAAGAGACAUUCCAAUUUUCUCAAGAGAGAAGGACAAUUAAAAACUUGGGUUUGGAACUCCUUAUGAAAGAAGCAAAUAUCAAAGAGAAGAUGAUAAAUAAAAUAAAAAAAGUCAGGAUUCCGAUGAAAGUAACAAAAAAUCAUUUGAAUUGCAUAAACCCAUCGAGAAAAAGUCUAUGGAUAUAAAUUAAUCUGAGACACCAAAGAAGACUUACAAUCAAGAAUAGAGUAGGAUUGACUCAAGUCAAAAAUACACCGACGACUUAGAUAGAUAUAAUGAAUACGAUUUUUACACCGAUUUAAACUACUAUAAGAUGUUUGACCGUAACAGAACUAUACUUGAGGUUGAAGAGAUUGUAGUUCCAAAAUAAUGGAACCAAAGAGAAAACUUCAAGCAAUCAAUAGGUGAGGAAGGCUCCAGAGAUCAGAAUCAAAGAUUUUAACAACACAAUUAGUCUUAGUAAUAAAAGAAUCAAUCGAAUAAGGAUGAGGAGAAAAUUAAUAAAAAGAAUGAUGAGCAGUAAAAUAAAAACGAAAAGUCGAAUAUAGAUUUUGAUAAGAAGCAAAAGUAGUAGACAGAUUCCGAGACCUCUGAAGAUAUUUUUGGAAAAGGUAGAAAAGAUGAUGCUGGAACACUCUUGUGA